AUGUCGGUGGCCACUAGAAACCCGUUUGCCCUCCUCGAAGAUGAUGACGCCUCACGGCCGUCGAGCCCGGUCAGCAAGUCGGCACCGGCCAAGGAGGCUGCCCCCGCCCCUGCUGCUCCUACGCGCGGGACUCAGAAGGGUCGUGGAGGACCUGCCUCGCGAGCCGGACGGUACUACCAAAGGGGCGCGGAAGACGCUGCCGCUGGCGAGGGUGAGGCACCCAAGAAGAAGUCUCCGUCAAUUUACGGGGACCUUCGCCUUGGAUAUCCAGUCGAGCGUGGCCGUGGCAGAGGUCGCGGUGACCGCGGUGACCGUGGCGGUCGUGGCGGCCGCGGACGCCCCUUCGAUAGGCACAGCCAGACAGGCAAAUUUGACUCUGAGAAGAAGGUCAACCAGGGCUGGGGUGCCGACGAGGGCGAGGCCGAGUUCAAGGCUGAAACCGCUGGUGAAGGUGAUGCCGUCGCCGAUGCUACCAGCCCUGCCGCCGACGCCAGCGGCUGGGGUCUAGCUGAGAGCGGUGCAGAUGAUUGGGCCGUCCCCACCACCACCGAAGACACUCCUGCACCCGAGCCCGAAAAGGCUCCUGAGGGCCGACGCGGCCGGGACAGGGAGCCCGAGGAGGAGGACAACACGCUCACCCUGGAGGAGUACUUGAAGCAGCAGAGGGAGAAGGAACUCGCUGCUGUGCCCAAGCUUGAGCCCAGGAAGGCCAACGAAGGCGAUGACUCCAUCUGGAAGGAUGCCGUCGUUGUCAGCAAGAAGGACGAGGACGAGACCGCCUACUUCGUAGGCAAGACCAAGUCAUCCGCACCCAAGAACCGUAGCAAGAAGGAGGAGAAGGUCUUCAUCGAGAUCGACGCCCGCUUCGAGCGCCCCGCUCGUGGCGGUCGCGGCCGUGGUGGCGACCGUGGCGGCGACCGCGGUGGCGACCGCGGUGGUCGUGGCCGUGGCCGCGGUGGAGGACGGGGCCGUGCCAAUGGCACCACCGCUACCCCCGUCGUCGAUGUUGACGACCAAUCUGCCUUCCCCUCGCUCUCAUGAUCGUCUUGAUCGCUGUCCGAGCGGUCAUAAAAACUUAAACAACAGCGCAUAUAUUGCGAGUACGCCAAUCCACCUCCAUCCGACCUUUCCCCAUCUGCAUACGAAUCUGCCCUCUCUUCAUCGUCUGUUGUGUGUGCCCUGCUUUUCCGUCUGCCUCUUGUAUCUAUCUACGUGGCUGUGGUACACUGACGCGAACGUCUAUGAAGUCUAUGACAUGAUGCUACCUUAUGCUACCGUAACUAGUCUGUAUUGCGUGUGCAAUUGGUGAUUCUCGUUGUACAAUCCCACUUUGCGACGGCGUGAGCGUCAAGUACACAUAUGGCUCAUGGCUUGACAAAGUUGGCUGGG